AUGGGGAGAAUUGAGAAGGUGGCUAGCUCUAAGCAUGAGGCUACGAUUUCGCCGGCUAUAGCUCAGUAUUCUAAGAAAGCUAUUGAGAUUUCUGUCGCCGAACUACCGUCGUACCUCGCAACAUUUCCUCGCCAGUGGCCGUUUCCGCGGGGGGACCUAUAUCACUGGAUCGGUGUGUUGAAUCGAUUUGACGAGCUAUUGGCGCGUGUCGUCACGAAAUAUGGACUAGAUGAGGGACCUCAGUCGAAGCCCUUUGGUCGACUUGUUCUUGUCGAAGAUUCUGUUUCUACAAGCCUAGUUUCUAAUGAUGAGGAGGGCGAACGGAAACUUGACCAACUGGGGCUAGGGCCUGAAGGUGAUAGAGAGCUAGUAGAGUCCAUACUGGAUUUCUCACGGCUCCUAUUAGAGAAGUGUGGCAACCGCAGCUUGUUCAGCAGCAGCGAGCGUUUGAAUGCUUUUCUGAACUCAACAUCCCUCAGUCUAAUUCAAUGCACUCUACGACUGUCUCUCUGUCUGGCACAGCGAUACUACUUCCGCCAACGAUCUACCAGUAGCACCCACUUCCAUCAAAGCUUACUGGCGGCGCAUUAUAACAUUGAGUUGGACCGUGUCCAAAAACUGGCGUCACCUUUCCCACGCCCACCUUCAUUCAUUGAGACUGCCGAAGGAACUUCGUUGGAAAAAGGGAAGGACAAGUCUGCUCAACCUAGUGCGGUAGCGGGUGAUAAAUGCAAUGCCAACGACUUGAUAUCGCUGACUAAAGUACCAUCUGACAAGAUUACGAUGACAGAUAUUUCUCCAGCAGCUGAGAUUGGCACUGCUGAAUGGAAAGAUUGGGGAACGGUGCGAUUUGCUUAUUACCCACGUGAUGCUACUGUAGAGACAUCUGGCGGCACUUUAAAUACCUCCUCUCAGGUUCAAAUGACACCGACACCAUUGCGUCACAGAUCUUCUGAGUAUCAAAGCUCAAGGUUGCUCCAUACCUCGAGCGUGGAUGACUCUCCAACACCCACAACUCAAUCACCGGCAACGAGACAAGAGGCUACUAGAGGAAUGAAAAUACUGGAGAUUCCAAACUCUAAAGUUCUGUCUACCAGCACGGAAGAGCUUUUGAAGGAAAAUCUGGGCGACUUGCCAAAGGAGUCGGCCUAUGACCUCCUAAAUCGACUUCGAAUAGCUGCUGCCCUCGCCAAGUCUCCCGAGACUCGAAGGCAACUACUCGGCAUCAGACUCCUUGCCCUCAGUAAUUUGGCUUAUAUUUACCCGGAAGCUAUAUUUCAACAGAAAAUUCUCCAGCAAGACUCCGACGAACCCAAACGGCUCCAGCUAGCUUACCAACUUUCUGACUUCGUGCAUCUCGGGGUUGCUGGCGAUAUCAGCGCAUCUACGUUAAACCAGUCGUUCGCCUUAACGUGUUUAGAUGCUCUAGCUAAGCAUAAGACGCGAUCAGCGGACGUCUGUGCUGCCUUAAAUUUAAAUGUCAACCAUGGCAUUUUGAUGUUUCUGGUCCGGAAAACUGUUACCGAACUGGCGGCGGAAGAUGGCCUAGUUGAUGACAUUGAGGGAGAUGACUGGCGCGAUGCCCUAUUUGGUCUUCUUCGAACUCUUCCAAGUUCCGGGACAAGAGCUCCGGAAACAUUGAUGCCUGCUGGCCUGAUCCCCAUGUUUGUGGAUAUGUUGAAUCUUCGAACAGAAAAGGCCCGAAGAGUAUACCCCAGAGUUUUAGAGUUUCUCGACAACUAUGUCCACUCGGUUCGAGAUGCUUUGGCAACUCUAGCUACUGCAAAGGGCUUCGAUGCCAUAUCUGACCUUAUUGCAACCGAGACAAAAUCCGCAUUUGAUAUGGUGGGAGAGGGUAAAGGGAUUUCUGAGGAAUUUAAAACUCCAUCUACCGAUUAUUCCAUACCCUAUUUCCAACAACAGGCCAUACGAUGGUUGUUCAAAUUUGUCAACCAUGUAAUGCAACAUAAUAGCGGCGGGUUUGAACGUUUGAUCCGCAACUUCAUAGACUCCCCUCCUCUUCUUAGUGCACUUCGCCUUGUUAUCGAAAAUGCAAAGACCUUUGGCUCGCAUGUAUGGAGCGGCUCCAUUAACAUUAUGAGCCACUUCAUCCACAAUGAGCCUACCAGUUAUGCCGUCAUAGCUGAAGCCGGACUUAGCAAAAGCUUCCUCGAAGCCGUUAUGUGCAAACCGCUAGAAGUUCCGGAGGAGUCGGCUGAAGGGGAUAAGAAGCCUGCCAAACCCCAAAAUUUGUUCAACCCUGCAUCUACUUCAUCGGACAAUAAGAAUCUCCUGGACCAUCUUUCCAAGGCUCCAGAGCGUAAGGGGUCUGAUGGAAUCUUACCCUCAACAGAAGCUAUUGUCGGCAUACCAUUGGCAUUUGGGGCAAUAUGUUUGAAUUCGACCGGCCUUGAUCUAUUCCAGUCAUCUGACGCACUGGAAAGAUUUUUCGAUAUUUUCGAAAGUCCCGUACACGUGAAAUGCAUGAAAAAUGACUCGAAUUUGCUUCGACUGUUGGGAAAUUCAUUCGAUGAACUAGUGAGACACCACCCGGCUUUGAAGGCGUCGGUCAUGAGCUCUGUUCUGCGCAUGGUUGCCCGUGUCGGACUUCUUGGCAAGUACAAGGCAUGGGAAUCGGGACUAGGAGCGAAACUCUGGGUUGAGGACCAAGAUGGAAAGGAAUCUAUCUCUGGCGGUGUAUCUGCUACUAUCGGUGAUCUCUGCUCUGAUUUCUUUCAGAAUGAAGAUUACUGGCCUAGUGCCUCCGUCCCUAACCUAGGUAACGCCAGCACUAGCUAUCGAGAGCUCUUUGGGGAACCGGACACCAGCAAGUGGACUACCAAGGAUACUGAUGCGGAUGGCCUUGCCGUCACGGGUUAUAUCUUUCCAGUACUGAAAUUCUUAGGUGCAUUCUUCGAGAAUCAGGCUAUCUGUGCCAAUUUCAUAGAAAACGGAGGGGUUGAAUACGUCCUCGACUUUGCUGUCCUCCAGUCCUUGCCCUUUAGCUUCCAUAACAAUGAAGCGAACCACCAACUGGCUCAAGUCAUCCAUCUUAUGGCAGAGACAAAACCUCACCUAGUACUUCCACCCCUUCUCAACCGUACCCUCUCCGCCCUCGAUAAGCUUGAGCCAUUCUGGUCCAGUGACCUGGGAUCAGUGGGUUUCUUUUCCCCCUUUACAAGCCCUCUGCAAGCUUUCGAGUCCAGCCCCGAAGAGGUAGAAUUAAAGAUGAAAGGAACUUAUUAUGCCAAGCACCUUGUUGCUGUUGGAACAUUGACCAAUAUUCUCCGCGAAGUCUAUACUCCGCCAAUAUAUCCUACACGUCCAGCACAGCAGCCAUUACCAUUUCACCAGGUCAAUCUUGCUGAUAAGUAUGCCUUACUUUCCGAGCGUUUGGGGCGGCUGCAUGCUGCUUGUGUUUGGGAAGAGAUACUACUCCAGCAAGAUAUGCCUGAGGCGUGGAAUGAGGUCACUAAGCUUCCUGGAUUUAGCAUUGAAGCGCUGGGUGAAGGUCGAGAAACCCCACCGGCCAUUACAGCGGACGGAGGAUCUGAAGCAGGUGAUGUUGCUGCUGAGUCUCAUGCUGAAGAUACACAGACAGCACAGGGCGGCCGAGCUAAGAAAUCCCCUAAAGUCGACAACCCUGCCUCUACACAGUUGGAUAAAGGGGCAAAUGUGAAGAACGUUAAGACCCUUCGCUGGCUGUUGGGAACGGUCCCUACUUGCAUAACUGGAUUUUUGCACUCUCUAGGUCGUGGACUGGUGGCGAAACGGCGCGUCGACACCUACCAACGACAGAAAGCAGCUGUGGUUGCUGGCGCAAUUGCUUCUAUGUGCCUGACGAUGAUUCUUGUCGCAUUCAAGAGGCAAAACGGCAUACAGAAAAUGAAAGAAAUAGCUGAUAUCUUUCUCCAAGAAGUCAAGGAGUUGGCCCCAUUAGAGCACUCCACUUCAUCACCUCGAGACCGGCCAGCCAGACUUGCAUCAGCAUAUGGAGGAAUCAAAAUAAUCUUGACAUUCUUCUCGGAGAUGACUUCUGCUCGAUAUGUUCUUGACUCUGCUCAGACUUUAGCAAUGGCCAGUAAUGAUCGUGAUAGAGAGCGAUUUGAUACCUUCCUUCCUCAACAAUUCCUAGUUGAGCUUCGAAUGGAGGCCUUACCUCUAGUGAAAAGCAUGUGGACGUCAGAUUUUGUGGAGACGGCCUCUAGUUCCAUUGUCAAGUCGUUAAUUGAGAUCCUUCGCCUGGUUCUUGAAGCAGAACAUGAAAAUAAUGCUUAUCGCCGUGGAGAUAAUAUGCCGAGACUUCAAGUAGCAGCUCUCAGGGCAUUUGCUAUUCAUCCUGAACGCCUUGGUCAACUUGUUGAAAAGGGAUACGAUGAAUCUCUUGCCAGAGAAGCGCUCUACCGCUGCUAUAACUCCUCUAGUGCUGCUGAGGAAUACUGCAACGCCCAAAAAGGUGUUCGCACUCCGCCUAGAAGUGCCAUUCCAGACUAUGAUGCUGAAGCUGCAGUAGCGAAACCCGGCAUUACUUCCCAGGGCGAUCAUGUUUCAGGAAGCCGCACAGGUAACGAUACCAGCCCAGGUCCUUCUGCACAAUCGGCACAAGAUUUGGUUGAUCCUAUUGCAUCAAUUUUGGCUGAGAUACAUGCUGAGGCUACUGAAGCCAUGGAAACAGAGGGUGAUACCUCUUCUGAGGCAUCGCCACCUUCAAAUGCUAGAGCUGAAAGUUCGGCUGCUGCUGCCAGCACGGAAAGCAAAGCCAGUGAGGCUGCUUCUGCGGGAUCGCCAAAGAAGCGAGAAUUUGUAACAAUAGAUGAUCUGGACAAAGAACGAGAUAUCAUUCGCUCAAAUUUAAUAGAGCGAUGCCUGGAAGUUCUGAAUGCCCAUCACGAUGUCACCUUCGAGCUGGCUGACCUUAUUAACUCUGCAUCCAAGGUUGAAAACCCCUUCAACUUUAGGAGAGAGAUUGGAGAGACGCUGCUGCAUUUCCUAGCUUCUCUUCAAAUGGACGAGAAUUUUUUGACAGGAGGAAAGAAAAUUGCAGCGCAUGCGAGCCUUCUCGCCUUACUCCUACAGGAGCCACAGUUUUACGAGUCCACUCUCGAACCACUCCAAGAUAAUUUCUAUGUUUUACUUGGAUUUGUCAAAGUUCCACCUCCUACAUCAGAGAAAUCUCCCGAUGAGCCUUGCCCCUGGAUUGGUCAAGUUUUGCUUAUUCUUGAAAAAGUACUUGCUGAAGACGCCUCUCCUAAGGCCAUCCAAUGGAAUCCACCGAAUGCCGAUACCCCCGAGGAUUUUGAUGUUGCUGAGUUAGGGGAACCUCUUGUUUCGCUAGAAGGUAAAACGCAGCUCUUCGAUGCCCUUUUGGAAGUGUUACCACGGAUCGGUAAAGAUGAGUCACUCGCUCUGUCUGUUGCCCGGGUGCUCGUUAUGCUCACUCGGGAACGUGUACUCGCAACAAGGCUUGGAGAGCGCAGGAACCUUCAACGCUUGUUUGUCAUGAUAAAACAAUUGAGCAAUCCAUCCAACGAAAAGCUACAAAAUACAUUUAUGCUCAUCCUCCGACAUAUCGUUGAAGAUGAAGACACAAUCCGCCAAAUAAUAAGAAAUGAUAUCAUUACCAGCUUCGAUUCCAGGCCUUCUCGCCAGACAGACACUACUAAUUUCGUUCGCCAAUAUAGCCAUUUGGUAAUACGAGCCCCGCGACUCUUUGUUGAGGUGACAAAUGAGCUGCUGAAACUUUCAAGAUAUGACGCAAACCAGCGGCCUCAAACACUUGUUUUAAAGAAUCCAAAGAAGAUUGAUGGUUUGCAGUCGUCAGAAGAAACAGAUAAGCAGGAAGAAGCUAAGACCGAGGGAGGGCAGUCUCCGCGAGCAGCUAAGGAGGCUGACCAACAUGAACCUAAAGAAAGCAAGGAGAAACACAAGGAGUUGAAGACACCAAUUGUUGAGCAUCCAGAUGGCGUUGUCCACUAUCUUCUUUCUGAAUUGCUUUCAUAUAGAGAUGUUGACGACAAAGAGUCCGCCCCUGCUCCGCCCCCUGAGAAAACGGGUAAUCGAGCUGAGGAUAUCGAAAUGGCCACUGGCGAGAGCUCAUCCUCAUCUCAGGCUACAAACCGUGAGACUUCCUCGAAAAAGCCGGAGAAACCCCAAUUCAAGGCAGAGGACCAUCCUAUCUAUAUCUAUAGAUGCUUCCUCCUCCAUUGCUUGACGGAACUCCUGUCAUCUUAUAACCGCACCAAGGUGGAGUUCAUCAACUUUUCCCGCAAGGCAGAUCCCCUGGCAACAACCCCAUCAAAGCCACGGUCCGGUAUUUUGAAUUAUCUACUUCACGGCCUUAUUCCAAUUGGAACCAUGGAACAUGACGAAUCCAUUCCAUUCAAAAAGCGUGUUAAUACCUCAGGAUGGGCAAUGAAAGUUAUAAUCGCUCUAUGUACAAAGACGAUUGAAUAUGGCGGACGGAGAUCCCUUCCUUCGCAAGAAGAAGAGGUUGAGUCUGACUUGGUAUUUGUCCGAAAAUUUGUCCUGGAACACGCCCUGAAGUCCUAUAAAGAUGCUAGUGCUUCUCGGGAGCCACUUGACUCUAAGUACGCUCGCCUCAUGUGCAUGGCAGACCUUUUCGAUAAAAUGCUCAGUGGUGGUUCUGGCCCAGAUGGCACACCACGAACUUCAUCAGCUACUCGCCAGAUCGCUAAGACGAUGUUUGAGAAGAACUUUGUCAAUGCCUUCACUGCCUCUAUUGCUGACAUUGACUUAAACUUCCCAUCAUCCAAGCGCGUCGUGAAAUAUAUCCUACGACCUCUUAAUAAACUAUCUCAGACUGCCGUACUUUUAAGCGAAAGCGGCUCGAUUGAAGCGAAACCGAAUCAAAGUGAUUCUGAUGAAAUAUCGUCAGCAAGUUCGGUAUCUGAGUUUUCGUCGUCAAGAGAAGAAACACCCGAUCUUUUCCGUCACUCUACCCUAGGCAUGUUUGAACCACAUGAGGAAGAGACUUCUAGUGACGAGGAUGAAGAGGACGAGGAAAUGUACGACGAUGAGUAUGAUGAAGAGAUGGAGUACGAAGAAGACAUGCCAGAGCACGAUGGAGAAGUUGUCAGUGACGAAGAUGAGGAGGAGAUGAAUGAGCGAGGUCCAAUUGAAGGAUUACCGGGCGAUACUCCAAUGGAUAUCGAAGUUUUAAUCGACGGAGACUCCGAGGAUGAGGAUGAUGUGGACGAUGAUGAUGAAGAUGAUGCAGAUGAUGAUGAGGACGAGGACGAGGACGACGGCGAUGACCAUCUGGACGAACGAAUUGUUGCUGGUGAAAUUACCGGUGAUAAUGACAAUAACAGCCUCCAAGAUGGAGAAGAUGAAUGGGAAAGUGAUGAGGGUUCCGAAGAGGCAGACGAUGAGUUAGCCAUGAUGAACCAGCUCGAGAUUGAAUUAGGAGGUGGCAUGGGACAAGGAGAACACAACCGUCCCGGUCCCCCUCACAUAGAAAAUCUUCUGAGAGUCCUGGAAGAGACUGGCGCCACUGUUGAGCGCCUGGACCACGAAAUCGACCAUGGAAUGGAUAUGAGGGACCUUGGAGAAGAUUUUGUAGAGGAUGACUUGAAUGAGGAAGAAGCUAACUUUUCACCAGACGAUGAUGAAGAAGUUGACGAACUGGAAGAAGAAGUUGAUGAGUUUGACGACGAGCAAGCAAUAUACCAUGAAUACGACCAUGAUGAUGGGGACCUUUCAAACUCACCGUGGAGCUGGGAUGAGCCAGUUCUGACCCAGAACCGCGUUCCUUCACGGAAUAUUUCGUCCUGGAAUUUCUUCCCGGGUCAGAUGGCAAGUCGACAGGGUAUCAUACCAGUACCAGACUAUCGAACUCACCGGACUCAAGUUACACAACCGGGAAAUGAUGAUGGUGUUAACCCCCUUCUACGCCGUUAUGGUCGCCCACAUGAACAGCCGGCGCAAAGGCGAGGGCAAAAUGCGGAAGCAUUCAGUGACUGGGUAACUGCAAUGGACCAAAAUAGCCAUGGUAGGCUUUUGUCAAUCGAUAGCCCUGUUACAUUCAUGAAUGCAAUUAUGCAAGCAAUUGGCCAAGGAGGACCAGAGUUUGGCAUCAUACCCCGGCCUGAUGGAUUCCACCUUCAUGUGGAGCGUGGAUCCGUUCUCCCUGGCCGUCUCCAGGAUCUCCUUGGAUUAGGAAGAGCUCCAGCGGUUACUCCACGUUCUCGUGAUGAUCCAGGCCAGGCUGUUGCCUUCCCAACCGGCUCGACAUUAAAUCGUUGGCAGGAAGAAGCUCGACUUCAUUUCAACAACCUCUAUAUGGAAAGGGCACAGCGAAUUGUGCAGUCAAUUCUCAAACUUUUAAUUCCUCCAGCUAUCGAGGAAGACAAGCAACGACAAAAGAAAUUGGAAGAAGAGCGAAAGCGUUUGGACGAAGAAAAGCUUGAGCGGGAGAAACAAGAACGCAUUGCUCGAGAAGAGGUUGAAAAGGAGAAAAAACGGAAGGAAGAAGAGGAAGAAGCUAGAAAAUUGGAGGAAGAACGCCGUGCAGAGGAAAAUGCUCAAGCGGGUGAUGCUGAGCCAAUGGAAGACGUGCAGCCUACACCUGGUGCUGCGGAGCAGCCUUCUACUGAAGCUGCAGCCCCUGAAGCAGGCCCGUCAGAGCCAGUUCAAAGAGUUCACACGAUUAUACGCGGCCGCCAACUUGAUAUUACUGGCAUGGAAAUCGAUCCGGAAUACCUUGAGGCACUCCCAGAAGAAAUGCGCGAGGAAGUAAUCUUGCAACAACUUGCAGAACAACGUUCUCAAGCAGCCGUCGCCGGCGAAGAACCAAGCGAGAUCAACCCCGAAUUUUUAGAAGCAUUGCCGGCAGAAAUCCGAGAGGAACUCCUACAGCAAGAAGCAGCCGAUCGCCGUCGUCGAGAGCGGGAAGCAGCUCGUCGGCAAGCAGCAGCGAAUGGAGGUCCUCAUGCCGAAGAUAUGGAUCCUGCCAGUUUCAUAGCAACACUUGAGCCAUCAUUGCGACAAACUGUCUUGGCUGACCAACCUGAUGAUAUAUUGGCAUCACUAGGCCCAGAGUUUGUGACGGAAGCUCGGGCAUUGACUGGCCGCAGACUUCCUCGGUUUGGUGACCCGGUCCUAGACCCGCCUCCCCCGGCUCGUCAAACCCAGGAGCCCAAGAAGCCUCAACGCCGGCAGAUUGUGCAGGUCGUCGAUAAAGCUGGUGUAGCCACUCUACUUCGACUGAUGUUUAUGCCACUACAACCGAAUGCUAGACAUCAUGUAAAUGAUAUCCUACAUAAUGUUUGCCAGAACCGUCAGAAUAGAUCAGAAGUGAUCAGCCUCAUUCUGCUGAUCCUCCAAGACGGAAGCGCUGAUAUUUCGGCAGUGGAGCGAAGCUUCGCUCAUUUGUCAUUGCGCGCCAAAACGCCAACUUCUCAGCGAACUCCCCAAUCCCUCAAACGGGCUUUGUCGCUCCCUGCCCCCGGCGCCAACCAUGAUGUGACCCCGUUGAUUGUAAUUCAACAAUGCUUAGGUGCUCUUUCGUUCCUAACUCAGUACAACCCACAUAUCCCAUGGUUUUUCCUCACCGAGCAUGAAGCCGUCUCAGCGCUUAAAAUGAAGGCCCUACGCAAAGGGAAGGCAAAGGAAAAUAGGGCAAAUAAAUUUGCACUGAAUUCUCUUUUGUCCCUUCUCGACCGGAAAGCAAUCUUGGACAGUCCUAACUGCAUGGAACAGCUAUCCGGAUUACUUAGCAGUAUUACCCAUCCUUUGACAAUACUACUCCGAAGAGAAUCAGACAAGCAAGAAGAUUCCGAAAUUAAAGAGGCUGAGACGAAGCCCGAAACUGUGACCCAGCCACAGGAUGCAGGUGAAACCCAGGCAAGCAACCCACCAGAUACUACUAUGGCGGAGCCAACUGCCGGGACGACUUCAGAUACUGCCGGCCAACAAGAGCAAGCUGAAGAUGGAAAUACCGAGGGAGAUAAAUCUUCCAAGGAAGACAGAAAGAAGAAAGUACGAACAAUUGACCCUCCCGUGGUCCCAGAGUACAAUUUACGACUUGUGGUUCAUAUUCUCUCCGCCCGCGAGUGCAAUGGUAGGACAUUUAGAGAAACGCUUUCCACCAUCAAUAACUUGUCUUCAAUCCCGGGUGCAAAAGAAAUCAUUGGGAAAGAGUUGGUUGGUCAAGCGCAGACUUUGAGCAAAUCGAUAUUGGUCGACUUGGAGGAACUUAAACCUCAUAUUACCAAUGCGGAAUCUGGUACUGAUGUGCAGGGCAUGGCUCUUGCGAAAUUCUCGCCAGCAAGUUCCGACCAAGCCAAGCUGCUACGAGUUUUGACAGCACUCGAUUAUCUAUUUGAUCCUAGUCGAGACAAGGAGAAAAUAUCUGAAGCGGAGGCCUCUGAGAAAGCAAACACCCUGAAGGCGCUCUAUGAGAGUGUUACUUUUGGGCCCUUAUGGACGAAGCUUAGUGAUUGCCUCCACGCUGUUCAACGCAAAGAAUCGAUGCUGAAUGUCGCGACGACCCUUCUUCCAUUGAUCGAGUCACUCAUGGUUGUCUGCAAGAAUACCACACUGAAGGAUAUUCCCCUUUUCCCCAAGCAAGGCCGUGAGUUCUCCGUGUCAAGCCCACCCCCCGAUUCUGGUAUGGAGGGCUUGUUCUUCAACUUUACAGAGGAUCACCGCAAGAUUCUCAACGAGCUUGUGCGGCAAAACCCUCGACUUAUGAGCGGCACAUUCUCGCUCUUGGUCAAAAAUCCAAAGGUUUUGGAGUUCGACAACAAACGUAACUACUUCAACCGCAAGCUCCAUUCCCGCGGAACCGAGGUUCGCCAUCCCCACCCUCCACUACAGCUCUCUGUCCGCCGUGACCAGGUGUUCCUCGACUCCUUCAAGUCUCUAUAUUUCAAGACUGCAGACGAAAUGAAAUAUGGCAAACUUAGCAUCCGAUUCCAUGGCGAAGAAGGUGUUGAUGCUGGUGGCGUAAGCAGGGAAUGGUUCCAGGUCCUUGCCCGAGGAAUGUUCAACCCCGACUAUGCUUUGUUCAUUCCAGUCGCAUCUGAUCGCACAACAUUCCACCCCAACCGGCUUAGUGGCGUCAAUCAGGAGCACCUGAUGUUCUUCAAGUUUAUCGGACGCAUCAUUGGCAAAGCAUUGUAUGAAGGUAGGGUUCUUGAUUGUCACUUCAGUAGAGCAGUGUACAAGAGAAUCCUAGGAAAGUCAGUUUCCAUUAAAGACAUGGAGACUCUUGACCUCGACUAUUACAAGUCACUGUUGUGGAUGCUAGAAAACGACAUUACUGAUAUUCUUACUGAGAAUUUCUCUGUUGAGGUUGAAGAUUUUGGUGAAACCCGUGUCAUUGACUUAGUGGAGAACGGCCGAAAUAUCCCAGUCACCCAGGAGAACAAGGAAGAAUACGUUCAACACGUUGUUGAACACCGAUUGACAGGGUCUGUGAAAGAGCAGCUGGACCACUUCCUCCGUGGUUUCCACGAUAUUAUACCAGCAGACCUUAUCUCCAUCUUCAACGAACAGGAACUGGAACUUCUCAUUUCUGGGUUACCUGAGAUCGAUGUCAAUGAUUGGAAGAACAACACUGAGUACCACAACUAUUCUGCAUCUUCCCCGCAGAUUCAGUGGUUCUGGCGCGCCGUUCGGUCAUUUGACAAAGAAGAGAGAGCCAAACUUCUUCAGUUUGUCACUGGUACAAGCAAGGUACCCUUGAACGGAUUUAGAGAGCUUGAGGGAAUGAAUGGAUUCAGCAAAUUCAAUAUCCAUCGUGACUACGGUAGCAAAGACAGACUUCCAAGCUCACACACCUGUUUUAACCAGCUCGAUCUACCCGAGUAUGACAGCUAUGAGUCGUUACGCAAAUGCCUAUACACAGCUAUGACUGCUGGCAGUGAAUACUUCGGGUUCGCUUAA